AUGAGUACGACCGUUCUAGGCCACAACGAGACGCUGGCCGAGGCCGCCAUGCUCCCCAACCGGAGCUUCAACAUCACUUGCCUCCUGCUGCAGCCGAUGCUCGACAUGUUCUGGUGCGGCCUCCUCUCCGCCCUCCUCCUGCAGUACUGGCAAGACUACGGGCGGCGCGACCGCCUCUGGAUCAAGCUCAACGUGCUGGUGGCGGGGGUGCUCGCGUUCGGGUAUUCUGGCUACUGCAUCUUUAUCGCUGUCCACUUUUUUGUGCAAAAUUACGGUCUCUACGCCCCGUUUUACGACUAUGGUCUCACCUCUGCGUUCCCCGCGCUCGACGCGAGCACUGCCGCCGUCUCCCAGGUGUACUUUACGUACCGGGCGUGGGGGCUCAACUUCCGGCAUUGGGCCAUCGCGGCCUCCAUGACGCUCGUCAUCAUCCUCUACUUGUGCGGCGCGUACACUUACACCGCCCUCGUGGCUCAUUACUGGGCCCAGGGAGGCUCUGGCCCUCCAGUCAGCUCCACGCCUGGCAGGAUCGCGGUCAUUGGAACCAUGGUGGCCAACCUCUUCAUCAUGUGCCUCAUUCUCCUUGGUCUGUACCGCUCGCGCGCGGCGUGGAAGCAGUCCGACAAGAACAUGCCCUUCCUCCGCCCGGUGCGCAUGCUCCUCGAGGCCCAGGUUCAGCUUGCGGUCCUCUCUAUCAUUUUCGCGGGGGUGGCGACCGACAACCCCGGUAGCUUUGGCCUGUACCUCCUGCAGGGCAUCACCUCAAAGCUGUACGCGAUCGGGGUGCUCUGGUCACUUUACUCGCGGCCGUACUUCUCCCCGCCUCCGCUAGAGCCCGAGGUCACGUCCGAGUGGCCGAGCAACCAGACCGACGCCACUGAUCGUCUCAAGGUGAAGGUCGAUGUCGAGACGGCCAUCCACGAGGACGGGCACCCAACCACGCUGCCGUACUCGAUCAACCGCACCGCCGAGGGAGACGCGGGCACGGCGUCCGACCCGUCUUACCCGUCCGCGACGAGCAAGAGCGAGCGCGACGGCUCGUUUACCGAGUCUCUCGAGACGCCCUCCGACUCGAGCAACUCGUCGCCCACGUCCCGCCGCAAGCCCGUGCCCAAGGACGAGCCGAUUGUGAUCAUGAUCGCCGGAGCCAUCUCCCAGGGAGUCAUCUACAUUGGCUUCUAUGAGGCCAAGGUCCGCGGCAACGUCCUGGCCCCCAUUGUCGUGUGGACUUGCGCGUCCAUGGGCGCCGACCUCAUUAUCACCUUCAGCAUCCUCUGGGGCCUGUACCGCACCCGGACCGGCUGGCACCACAACGACAAGGUCAUCUACCGCCUGAUCCGAAUGACGCUCGAAGCGCAGGUCCCGCCGCUCCUCCUGACCUCGGCCUACACCAUCAUCUUCAUCAUCUACCUAGCGCACCAGCUCUCGGCGUACAUCAACAACUCGAAGCUCAACGCUAUCGGCCUCAGGGACUCGCUCAACUCGCGCGCGGCGUUCAUGCACCACGACAUAUCGAUGGCCAACCCUGGGGGCACCGACUGGCGUGUCUCACAGAUGAAGUCGGCUGGUGGCGCCUCGACCACCCUGGCCCCGCAGGAGACGCGCAGUGCAAAGCUGUUCGGAUUCGUGCGCAGGUCGGCCGGCGGGAAGAGCGACCCGAGCAAGUCGACCCUGGCGCCCUCGGAGCACAGUAAGUCUCCCGGAGACACCAAUGGCGGGGGUGAUCCUCUCUCGCCGGUCGCGUCUAAGGCCGAGCCUGUCCCGAACCUCAAGGACGGGUAG